AAAGAUGACAAGUGAAAAUGAGCGAAGUGAAGUUGACUUCAAAUUUGGUAAUGAGGAAGUAGCAUCAGCCAAUUCUAAACUACAUGAAGUACUUGAUGAGUUGAUGGGAAAAAAGACCAAUGUGGAGAGGAGAUUAUCAGGUCGCGACAAAAGUCCCACGACCGAAGAUACAGAAGGUUCCUCAGGUCCUUAGAGAUGAACAGAAGAAUUUUGAGAAGUACUACUACCCAAAGUGGAUAUCAAUCGGUCCAAUUCAUCAUGGCAACCCCAAAUUCCAGCUUGCAGAGCAACGAUUCAAGUUUCUCUUCGCAGCAGAGUUCGUCAAAAACAGCGGCCACCAAUCCCAGGAGCACCUUUACAAAAAAGUAAUGGAAAAUAUUAAGGUGCUGAAGCUAUGUUUCGAUGAUGAGGUGCUCAAGGAGUAUUAUCGUAAAGAUGGCAAGGAUGAUGAGGCCUUGGGGUGGAUGUUGUUCUUGGAUGGAUGUUUUACACUCCAAUUCAUUUACAGCAUUAUGAAGGAUGAGUCGAUGACACAUUUUGAGAUUAAAAAUGACCAGGUUGCUUUUGUGUUACACGAUUUUUUCUUGUUAGAGAAUCAAAUCCCAUACCUUGUCCUGAGCCUGUUGAUGGAGAAUUCGGAAAAGGAAUUCUCUGAGAAUUUGGAGGGCUCGAUCAAGCAGUUUCUUAGUUUGAGUGUUUUGACACCUGAGAAGUAUGGCAAGCCUACGAUGGUCCCUCCAAAGGACUACAUGCCAGUUCAUCUUCUUGAUUUUCUACGCUUGGCGCUCCUUCAAACAUCUCAUCAUGACCGCAAUAAAAGGUCAAAAUCAUGCAUCUACACAUACCUUAGAAACAAACUCACUUCGCCACGGUCUCUGGAUAAUAAUAAUCCAAAAACUAGCACGAGUAAGAUCUCUAUAAUAUUUAAAUCUUUCAAAAAGAACCCCGCCGAGGAGAAACAACAAACUUUUCGUAAGCGAAGUGUGACGGAUCUCAAGACAGCCGGAAUCAACUCAAAACAGAGCAAGAGUAGCUCUUCAAAAGACAUAAACUCAAAACAGAGCAAGAGGAGCUCUUCAAAAGACAUAAAAAAACAAACUUUUCGUAGUGUGAUGGAUCUCAAGGCAGCCGGAAUCAACUUAAAACGGAGCAAGAGUAGCUCUUUAAAAGACAUAAAAUCUUCUUCGAGUCUCUUCUCAGCUGAACUAGAACUUCCACCAAUAACAGUAGACGACUCAAUGGCUCCUAAAUUCUUGAACCUGAUUGCCUUUGAAAUUGGGGUUAUUGGCUAUGUGAAUUGCCGAUUGGUUAUCACAGUAAAUGAAAGAAGGAUGGGGCUGAGGAAUUUGAAAAUCCUGGAGAAGGAUAUGAGACAAUCGCCGAGGAAUAUGCAAAAGCCAGUGGUGGAUCGUCUUGUGAUUGGGCAUGAUGCCCAGUCUGAGUCAGAGAAUCCACGAAGUGACCAAGGCGAAAAUGCCAAGUCUCAGCUGAAACAGAAAACAGAACUAGAUGUAAAAUGCAUUACAAUAUCUGAAUGGUUAGUAAGACAACUUACUGAAAUGAUAUUGUAUUUGAAAUUUGGAGCAUACAAUACAUUAAUGGUUCUCCAGCAUGCAUACCAGUGUGUUGAGUGCCUAGAAGAUUCAGCAACUGUUGGUAUUGACUGGUUGUCAACUGAGUGUAGGGAAGACUUUGAGUUGAAGGCGUUUGAGGAUCGCUUUGGUCAGACGGAGAGUGAGGCUGGGGAUCCGUUGACAUUUUUGCAACUGAAGAAGAUCAAAAACAGUUCAGCUACCGGAAUGGAUCGUCGGAAUGAAUGGAGGUGGAAAAAAGAAUGCACAGCUUCGCUGGAACAAAGAAGAGGAGAUGCAACGGAAAAGAAGACGAAGAACGGAUCGUCGGAACGAGAUGCACAGCUUCACCGGAACAGAGACACGGUUGGCCGGAACAAUACCAAGACCGAGUACGAAGUGUCAUCUUACAUAAGUUUCUUAGACUCACUCAUUGAUUAUCCCAACGAUGUGAAAGAGUUGAGAUCAUCUCACGUACUCCACAACCUUCUUGGCUGUGACAAAGAAGUGACACAACUUUUUAAUGAGAUGGGCAGAUUUUUGGUGCCAAAUCCUGAGGCGUAUGAGGAGGUGAUAAGCCAAAUAGAGAAGCACUACCACAACAAGUGCCUGACUUGGAUAGCUCAAGUCUUGAACGAACAUUUCAGUACUCCUUGGACGAUUGUCACUUUUGUGGCUGCGUUUUUGGCUCUUGGUAUGUCCUUUAUUCAGACCUAUUACACUAUCUAUCCUAGAGGAGGAUGAUCUAUAUAUAUAUAUAUAUAUGAGAUCAAAUAUAAUGGACCUUCAGCACUACAUUAAUUGGACUCUUAUUAUUCUUUUUCCAUCAAAAUU